AUGGAUGUAGGGAACGGCAGAACAACUCGGUUCUGGGAGGAUGGCUGGCUAGCUGGUGGUGUCUUGAAAGAGUUGUUCCCUAGACUUUUCUCGGUUUCAAGCCUUAUAGGUGACUGCGGAUUUUGGGAUGGGCUAGAAUGGAUAUGGAGCUUCCAGUGGAGGAGAGCGUUAUUUCAAUGGGAGCUGGAACUUUUGAACCAACUACAUGAGAUCUUACGUCCAGUUAAGCUCACCACUGAGAGGGAGGAUAGGGUGGUCUGGAAAUUUGAUAAAACUGGUAUUUUCUCCAUAAACUCCUUUGUGCAAGUGAUGCAGGAAGCAGCCCCUCCGAGGGAAAUAACGAGCUAUAAUUUCACUAGCGCUAUUUGGAGGGGUUUCGUCCCGCCAAGGAUUGAGCUGUUUUCAUGGUUUGUGUUGAUCGAAAGAGUGAAUACUAAAGAAAGACUAUGCAAAUUAGGUGUACUUGGCCAGCUUGAUAAUAUGUGUACUUUAUGCUGUAAGUCUAUUGAAUCUGUUUUUCAUCUAUUUGUUGGGUGCGAAUUCAUUUGGCAGGUGUGGGGUGCGUGGCUCUUCGCCCUUGGUAGGGUCUGGACCAUACCAGGUACACUGAAACAACACUUUGAGAGAUAG